UAAAACCUCCAAAAAGUGUGCUGCGGUCUGUGCACAGCGUUAGUAUAACAUGAGGGCUGGAUAUAGCCCGUUCUCAUUCUCUGGAGGACUUCUUCGCCUGCUGCAGGAAAGAGAAGGCUGAAAGACAAACCUGGGUGCAGCCGGAAAGGUCCAGAUAGAUGAGCUUGUGGCAUCCAUUCCCCAAAUUCAGGGACUCCACCGUACCUCAGCUGGGUCUCAUUGUUCCUGAACUGCAUUAGUUAAGAUUACCCAAACUUGGAUUUCAAAGGAAUACUUUCAUUGUUCCACCUGUCACACCAAGUAAUUGGGGCCAGCUGGAUGUCAGGAUGCGCGUGGUUACCAUCUUAAUCCUGCUCUUCUUUUGUAAAGCCGCUGAGCGCAGAGGAAGCCCUGGCGGUGCGAGAAACCGAGUGAAUCACAGCCGGGCUGGUGGGAGCCGGAAAGGCUCCAGCCUGGUCAAACGCUACGCUCCAGGCCUCCCCUGUGAAGUGUACACAUAUCUUCAUGAGAAAUACUUAGAUUGUCAAGAGAGGAAACUCGUUUAUGUGCUGCCCGGCUGGCCUCAGGAUUUACUGCACAUGCUAUUAGCAAGAAACAAAAUCCGCGUACUGAAGAACAACAUGUUUUCCAAGUUUAAAAAGCUGAAAAGCUUGGAUCUGCAACAGAAUGAGAUCUCCAAAAUUGAGAGUGAGGCUUUCUUUGGUUUAAAUAAACUUACCACUCUCUUACUGCAGCACAACCAGAUCAAAGUCUUGACAGAGGAAGUGUUCAUUUACACACCUCUCCUGAGCUACCUGCGUCUUUAUGACAAUCCCUGGCAUUGUACUUGUGAGAUGGAAACGCUUAUUUCAAUGUUGCAGAUUCCAAGGAACCGGAAUUUGGGGAACUACGCCAAGUGUGAAAGCCCACAAGGACUAAAAAAUAAAAAACUGAGGCAGAUAAAAUCUGCACAGUUAUGUAAUGAAGAAGAAAAGGAACAAUUGGAUCCGAAACCCCAAGUGUCAGGGAAACCCCCAGUCAUCAAGCCCGAGGUGGACUCUUCUCUUUGCCACAACUACGUGUUUCCCAUACGAACACUGGACUGCAAAAGAAAAGAGUUGAAGAAAGUUCCAAACAACAUCCCUCCAGACAUUGUUAAACUUGACUUGUCACACAACAAAAUCAACCAACUUCGACCCAAGGAGUUUGAAGAUGCUCAUGAGCUAAAGAAAUUAAACCUCAGCAGCAACGGCAUUCAAUUCAUAGAUCCCGCUGCUUUUUUAGGACUCACACAUUUAGAAGAGUUAGAUUUAUCAAACAACAGUCUGCAAAACUUUGACUAUGGAGUAUUAGAAGACUUGUAUUUUUUGAAACUCUUGUGGCUCAGAGAUAACCCUUGGAGAUGUGACUACAACAUCCACUACCUCUACUACUGGUUAAUGCAUCACUACAACGUGCACUAUAAUGGCCUGGAGUGCAAAAUGCCCAAAGAAUACAAAGGGUGGUUUGUGGGAAAAUAUGUUCGGAGUUACUACGACGAAUGCCCCAAAGACAAAUUACCAGCAUACCCUGAAACAUUUGACCAGGAUACAGAAGAUGAUGAGUGGGAAAAAAUACAUAAGGAUCACACAGCAAAGAAACAAAGUUAAGUCUGCUUAUGCAUUGAAUAAAUUUCCAUUUCCGAUUCCUGUGCACUCCAAAAUGAGGUCCUGGUAAACCCAAAUUCUCAACUACUUUUCACUGAUCCUUGCAAAAAACUGUCAAGCUAGACCUGAAGGAGAAUUGCCACAGGCAAUAAGCCAAGAAUCUGAGAAUUAUAUUAGAGACCGCUCAGAAGAUGGGACUCUCAGAAGCAGUUGUAGAUGAUGUGAACAUGAGCUCUGAACAGGAUCAUUCCCAGGGAUCUAUUUGAAAAUAAAGCUCUGGAACACAUCAUGAUAGAAAUUGAUCCAGACCAUCCAAAAGGAGUCAUGCCAUUGUUGUGCAAUAUAUAUUGAGAGUUCUAAAACAUUCAUAUGCGUUUACACUUGGAAAAACGGAAAAUAACUCCACAAGGAACAGGGGCUGUUGCCAACAUGGAAACCUGGGAAGAACAUCAGGGCAGAUCACUGAUUAGGAUCUGGUGUUACUCUCCACCCAUCCUUCUAAAUGAUGCUUCAGAUUGUUCCUGGCUCUCAGCACCCACCGUGACCAUGGCUUUGAUUCUACUUUUCAGUGCCUGACGUCACCAGCAACUAGCCCUGCCUGUGCUCACUGAGACACCAGCCUGGGAUCUAGAGGUGACCGACCUGACUAGACAGCUGCUCCACCCUCCCUGUGCCACUCAGACUCUUCCUGAAGUUCCAGAAGCUUGGUGCCUGUGAAAACAACAACCUCCUCAAAGACACAAUGAUCAUAUCUGGG